GGAAGUUUUUCAGAGUACAAGAACACCGGGCGUUGAGAACAAUACACACAGAGAACCUCCUUAUCCACUACUUCUAUCGUAUCUUCUUCCAUUUGAUCUCGUCGAGCCACGUGGACAUACCACUUUCUGUUUAGCUCCGAAGAAAGUUAAACGCUGGCGCGGCUCUCGUUUGAGUGUCUUUCUCUCACUAAUGACGCUGGAUUAGCGCUAAGUGAGAAUCUCGAUCCUAGGGAACGACCUCCGCGCACUGCCGCGCCAUUGCCUUCGCAUUCUUGGAGACGACGAGGAAACGCUCUCGAGAGUCCAAAAUUGUUCCGUGUCCGUCGGCAAAUUGCUCUCUCUCUCGGGGACGGAAUCAUGGCUGCCACAUCGUUCGCGAUGGACCUCAGCUCCCCAUCGCUUUCUCGGAUCGUCAAUGUCAAGCAGGUGAGCAGCAGCUGCAAUGGUUUCAAUGCGAGGUCUCGAAUUCAGAUGCCUUCUCUUGCGGCAGGAAUUAAAUGUAGGUCUCUCGAGAUUUCAGCUAUGGCUAAGAGACAGGAGGAGCUUGUUGAUAUUAGAAAGAUGAGCGAUGAGGAUAUCGGAACCUCAGUCGUAGAGCUGAAGGGAGAACUCUUCGUACUCCGGUGCAAGCAGGCCACAAGGCAGGAUUACAAGAGCAGCGAAUUUCGCCGAAUCCGAAAGCAGAUUGCUAGGAUGCUGACAGUGAGGAGAGAGAGGGAGCUGGAAAAGGGAAUCAACAUGAGGGAGUCUCGAAAGCUCGAUAGGGAGUGGAAAAAGAACGUGGUUAUCAAGCCACCGGCUUCUCUUGCAUCCCUUGUGAAGGCCGAGUAGACACAUAUUUUUUCACACUUUCUCAUUCUGGUCUCUCGUCAGUUAGCUAGACUAGCUUCAUUCUCCUGCAUCCAAAAUGUAACUUGGUCAUUGGCACUGUCCCCCAUGUAGAGAAUGGGAGCUGCCAAGUUGACCUUGAGUAUUGAUACAUGUAAUUCUAAACGAAACUGGAAAAGAGCAGUUACAUUGAAUAGAGCCUUGUACAAUUUCAGGCCUCAACAUGUGGGUUUGUAUGGUGUAAAGUUUCUCAAAACCUUC